UUACGCAGGUCUUAAAUCAAAAUAUUACAACAUCCCAAGAUAAACACGGAAAGGGGCGUGAGUAUGUGUACUAAUAUCACGGCACUCAGACUCCGCCUUUUAAUUUAACUAACCAACCGCUGUCGCGCUGAGAUACCGAUAUAUAUCCGAUUUGCCUUUGAUUUUUUCAUCACUACUUCCACAAAAAUAUCACACGUUUGCUUCCAGUUGAUUAUCUUUGAACCUCUUAUUACCAUGGCUCCCAAUUCUUCCCGGUGGUGGAUGACAGCAGUCAGCUCCAAGAAGUUGUGUCUAUACUCUGAUAAGGGGUGUAGGGGGCAAAUAAUGGACAUGGACAAGGCUACCGACGCAGAUAUGGUGAAGAUUACUCUUCACGAUGGUAGCGUCAGACUGCUCAGUGUAAAACGAUUUGUGCCCUCGCACGAAGAAGGUUGCAGCACGUUUAGGGGCAUCUCGACGGCAGCCACGCUGACGGAAACCUGGUCCCAGUACUCGGGAAAAUUCAUACAUGUGCCAGCGGCUGACCAGGAGGCCCUUGACUCGGAUGUGCACAUUGCAGAUAGACCCAAUACCACCUUCAAAGUUACCAAGCGAAUUGUAAUGGACACAUGCCGGCCGGAAGACAAAAUAGUCAUACAUGUGCCAGCGGCUGACCAGGAGGCCCUUGACUCGGAUGUGCACAUUGCAGAUAGACCCAAUACCACCUUCAAAGUUACCAAGCGAAUUGUAAUGGACACAUGCCGGCCGGAAGACAAAAUAGUUUUUGUGUGUAUACCGCAGUAUUUGAAUAUGUGUACGCACUAA